AUGAACCAUAAAAGUUCGUCUUUUAUGUCCAGCGACGUGACACUGUACAGCGGAAGCAUGGAUGAGCAGAGAAGUGUGCUCCCUGCAGGUGUGGAAGGUGGAAUUUGGAGCAAGAUUUUCAAUCACAAAACUGUUGUUGGAAGUAAAAAAGUAAAUGGGAAAAUCCAAAGUACCUAUGACCAAGAACACAUGCCAGCCUAUGUCCCAAGGAAGCUAAUCCCAAUAACAAUCAUCAAGCAAGUGAUUCAGAAUGUUACUCAGAAGGCUUCAGGUAAGUCCCCAGAAAAAAGCUCCCAUGGGAGGAUCCAUCUAAUUAUUCCAGGUCUUAAUGAAACUACUGUAAAACUUCCUGCAUCCCUAAGGUUUGAGAUUUCAGAUGCACUCAAGACCCAAUUAGCUAAGAAUGAAACCUUGGCAUUACCUGCCGAAUCUAAAACACCAGAGGUUGAAACAAACCCAGCACGGCCCACAACAGUGACUCCUGAAACAGUUCCAAGAACCGCUAAACCCACUAUGCCUAGUAAAUUAGAUGUUUCAGAAACAACACUGGUGCUCAGCAAAAGGACCUCCGGAACAUUGCAAACUAUUCGAAUACCUCAGUUUGAAUUGCCACUGAGCACUCUAGUUCCAAAAAGUCUUCCAGAAUUUCCUGAGGCAAAAACACCCUUUCCUUUUGAGAAACCUGGGGGCACCUUGGCUUCAAGUGAAAAGCCAUGGAUCGUGCCUACAGCUAAAACAUCUGACAAUUCCAAAGUUCUGCGGCCUCAAACUGCAACUUAUGACGUUUUCUCAAGCCCUAUGACAUCAGAAGAGCCUGAGAUUUCAGAGUCCUAUACAGCAACAACUGACCGUAUUCUGGAUUCUGUCCCACCUAAAACUUCUAGAACUCUUGAACAGCCAAGGGCAACACUGGCUCCAAGUGAAACACCGUUUGUUCCUCAAAAUCUGGAAAUCUUCACCAGUCCUGAAACGCAGCCUACGACACCUGCUCCCCAGCAAACUACAUCUAUUCCUUCUACACCAAAACGGCGCCCCAGACCCAAACCGCCAAGAACCAAACCUGAAAGGACCGCUAGUGCUGGAACAAUUACACCUAAAAUUUCCAAAAGCCCCGAACCUACAUGGACAACACCGUCUCCCAGUAAAACACAGUCUAUUUCUUUGAAACCAAAAACCCGUCUCAGCCCAGAAGUGACACACACCAAACCUGCCCCAGAACCUCAGACUCCACUGCCGUCAGAGUCAACGGUAGGACCUGAAACACUGGGAACGAAACCUUCAACAACAGCAUUAGCACCACGAAAGACCUAAACACCAGGUCGUCGCCCCCGCCAGCGUCCCCGCCCUAAAACCACAUCUAGUCCAGAUGUGCCCGCGUUCAAACUGGGUAAAUGUGAUAUUCGCGUUCCAGUUAAUGUAGGAGGUGGAAUAUGGCAGCUUCCGGGUUAG